AUGUGUCUAAAACAGUGUACCGGUGUUACAAAAAAAGGAACACGGUGCUUGAAGAAAGUCUCCAACGGCGAAUUUUGCCAUUAUCAUAUUGGCCAGAAGGGAGCCACGUCUCCGUCUCGUGGCCCGCCUCUGCCGCUGAAAUAUAGCGUGUCUAAUCUGCCCCAGAGACGGAAUGUGUCUACCCUGCCCCAGAAAUAUAACUUUUCCCUGCCACUACGCUUCCCAAAGGUCGAGCCCAGUCUUAAACCAGGUUAUAUCUAUGUGUACACAUUGGCCGCUCUCUUGAGCAAAACCCAAGGCGGCGGAUUUCUCAAAACACGCAAUUUGCUGACGAACGCAAAACAUAAAGAUAAAUGGGUUGACUUCAAUGCCAAACGCCUGGACAUUAUGUUAGUCAAGGUCGGUAUGACCACGCAAACCGUGUCCAAGCGGAUUCUGCAAUGGGAGAGCAAGUGCAACCACAAGAUCGAAUGUCUUUACCCCAACUCGCAUAAAUUUCAAUCUUCGUCCUUUUUGCAGAGAUUUGAGCGUCUCUCUUUAAAUGGCCGCCACAAGGCGCCAGAAUUUGCAACUUUCCAAGAUGAUGCCAAGGGAUUCUUUGUCCCACGAGACGUCAUGAGGGCAGAAACAGAAAUUCAUCAUUUGCUCAAACUAAAAUUUGGAAGAGGUGAUGUUUAUUGUACUGGAUGCGUGGCCAAACUUCAGGAAGAGACAAAAGCAAAAGAGAAGCCCUUCAGCCUACGAACUUUGUUCAACAAAAAAGAGUUCAUUGAAAGUGACUACAACGUGCAUGUGGAGUGGUUCCCCAUUCCGAAGAAGCAAAUGAUGGACGUAUAUCGCAUCAUCGAUUCCGUAUGUCUAAAAUACGCCCCAUGA